CAAAUGCAUUUUUACGAUUUUAUUUUUCUUACCUUAAUUUAUGUUUCUGAAGUAAAAAUAAGAUCAGUAGAUGCAGGAAAAGAUAAGGCGUCGACUGACUUUGGAGGAAUUUCCUUUUUCAUUUCAUUCAACAAUACGUCUAUCGAUGACUAUUACGUGAGGGUGAUUCCUGGUGACUGCCACCUUACUGGAGACACAGGGGUUAACUUUACAGAUGAAACCUGCAAGUGUGUUGUGCCUGCAGGGCAAUCUAGAACAAUAAAACUAAAAGCAGCAAUAUCUGAGAGUCUAACAAGUGAUGAUCAAUGUUGGGUUUAUAUGCACAUAAGACCAUACUAUCAAAACAAUACAAAUGUCAUUGUUAAAAUAAUAUUUCACUUUUCUUUAUUAGAAGAAAAUAGCCGAACAGAAAUCUUUACUAUAAAUUGUGAUAAUACUAAUAUCCAUGACGGCGAAACAAGUAGCUCUCGAUCUGCGGAUUGUGAAAGAAUUCAUAAUGAUGAUGGAAAACAUAAUAAAAGAAGUACAACAAACAAAUGUGUCAAUAUUUCUUCUACACUUUUAGAAACCAAAAAUAAAUACACAGUAGCAAGUAAUUCAUUAGCAGCCCAUGCGAUGGCCAAGCGUGAUAUACAAGCAAAUGCCAAAGAAUUUGAAUCACUAUUUAGUAAUAAUUACGAGAAAGAGACGAUAUCAAAUAGAAAGCUAUUCAGAGCUAAUGAAACAUUUGGUCUAACUGCUACCACAAAAGAUUUUUGUCCUCGAAAAACUAAAAAACACCUUAAAAUGAAACACAAAAAGUUAAUUCAUUCAAAAAAAUCACCACUGAAUCAAACGGUUUACAAAUAUUUAAAACAGUACUUAUGGAUCACGGCUCUUCUAGCUGCUAUCACUAUAUUUCAGUGUAUCUUAAUUUUCACAAUUUGUAUGAGAAGAAAGUGCCCGUGUUUUGGUGAGAAACCAGUUAUUAGUCACUUCUUUAGGACCUACCAACAGGAUUCAGUUACUACACCGUUAAUAAGCACAAGUGUUAUAGAUAUUGAGAAUUCAAAAAAUCAUUCUGCAAGUGAAUCCUCAACAACCAUCGCAAACAUGAAAUGUUAUAUGUCUUGCGAUAAAAAUAAAAUUGAAGACUCUAAAACAAGCAUAUCCGAUGAUAUUCUAUCAAAGUUUAUAAACAGACGUGACUGGAAAAACCGUUAUAAGAGUUGUGAUGAAAAUGAAUAUACUAAGGAUGAAAAACAAGAUGAUCAAAUAGCACAAGUUCAUUCAAAUUAUAACAUCGAUGAAAAUAUUUCGAGAGUAAAUAAAGAAUCUGUAGUCGCUAGUGGAGAACUAGUAAAUAAUGAGAGUUUUAAUAAGAAAGGUGAUUUAAAUUUGUCAGUCAAGGAAGAACAAUUCCAUAGUUUCAGCUGCCACAAUACACAGGUUGAUUCAGAAUCAACUAUAGAGAACAAAAAUCUUACAACUAAUGAAUCAAAAUCAAGUGAAAAGGCUGCUCAGACAAAUAUGUCUAAAGAUUCUAUUGAUGCCAUACUUUCUGAACGUAAUAUAUAUUUAGCUGACGAAAAUUUGUCUAAGUACACCCUCUCUAGUUGUUCCGGGAAGAAUAAAUCUACAGAAUUAGUGAGCAAAGCUUCGAAGAACAUCACUAAAUAUUUUAACACCCUUCUUCACAGGCGCUCCAGGCAAAGUUCUCAGUCUGAACCCGGGAAAGACAAAGACUUGAAACUGUUGCACAUGUCCGAAGGUUCACUCUAUUCCUCCAAUGAUUCUGAAUGACUUGAAAACAUUCGUGCGUUUUUAUAAUUUUAUACUAGAGAUAAUAUUAUAUAAUUUAUUUGGUA